AUGUCGGGCAAUCCUCUCAAGAAGUUGACCCAGAAGCUGCACUCUCCGAACGGAGACGGCCGACAUGCACGACAUGGCAGCGCCGACAUUGGGACGCCGAGCAGCCAAAGCCCCCACCGUCGAAGCCUCGCGCAGAUCCUCCACCUAGACAAUAGCAGUUACACUUCGAGUGACAAUGAGUCCGAAACUAGCGACUUCGAUAGCGAUGGUCCCUCCAAAAAUCAGCAGAAGCGACUGGCUACCAAGGCCAAGAAGAAGGAAGCCAGAUCCAGGCUCUCGUUGGAGCAUCGUGACGACUCGGAGGAACGUAGCAAACAGCGUCUUGAAGAUGCCGCCAAAACAGAGACGGCGGACAUGAGAGCAAAAUACGGCGAUCUGCCCGUUAUGCAGUCCACGACGCGCGACUCCCAAAAGCGAAUCGACAUCAACGAAAUCACUGAUGACAUGGUAAACCAGGAGGUCAUCUUCCGAGCCCGUCUAUACCACGUCCGCAACAUGGGUACAAAGCUAGUCUUCCUGAUCUUCCGCCAGAAGAUCUCCACUAUCCAGGGUGUCAUGGUAGAGAGACCUGGCCAGAUAGGUCCUCUCAUGAUGCAUUGGGCGGAGCAUUUGAGAACAGGAAGCAUCGUCCUUGUGACUGGCGUUCUCAAAAAGCCCGAAAUCCCGGUGAAGUCAGCCUCGAUUCACACUGUCGAGGUUCAUGUCUCGGCACUGAAGACUAUUGUCAAGCGCCAGGAGCCCGUACCUUUUUCGGUCCAGGAAGCCGAGAUGGUCGCUCUGGAUGAUGGGCAUAAGGAGGAGGGCCGUCAGAGCCAGAUCCCCAACCGCACGCGCCUGUCCAACAGAAUCAUUGAUCUACGAACCACUACCUCCCAGUCAAUCUUCCGUAUCCAGUCUGGUAUCGGGAAUCUGUUCAGAUCGACUUUAGAUGACCAAGGAUUUCUCGAAAUUCACAGUCCCAAAUUGCAGGGAGCUGCUACUGAGUCUGGCGCUUCCGUCUUCACUGUCAACUAUUUCGGUCGGAAUGCAUUUCUGGCGCAAUCGCCUCAACUUGCCAAGCAGAUGGCCAUUGCCUCCGAUUUCGAACGCGUGUACGAGAUUGGCGCUGUCUUCCGUGCUGAGAAUUCCAACACCCACCGCCACUUGACUGAAUUCACUGGUCUUGAUCUUGAGAUGGCCAUUGAAGAGCACUACCACGAAAUGCUCGACGUGAUUGAUAACACCCUGAAGGCCAUCUUCAAGGGCAUCUACACCAAAUAUCGCCGUGAAGUUGACGUCAUCAAGCAGCAGUUUCCAUCCGAGGAUCUUGUCUGGCUCGAGAAGACGCCGGUCAUUCCCUUCAAAGAUGCUGUCCAGAUGUUGACAGACUCCGGAUGGUUGAAUGAGGAAGGUGAGCCUGUUUCUCCGCUUGAGGACUUGGGAACUCGCGACGAGAUCCGUGUUGGUGAGCUCGUCAAAGAGAAGUACGGAACCGAUUACUAUGUUCUCGACAAGUUCCCCAGAUCUGCCAGACCAUUUUACACGAUGCCCGAUGUCGAUGAUCCACGCUACACCAACUCCUUUGACAUUUUCGUCCGUGGUCAAGAAAUCAUUUCCGGUAGCCAGCGUAUCCACGAUGCGCAGAUGUUGGAAGACAAUAUGCGCUUAGUUGGCAUUGACCCCGAAGAUAUGGCUGAGUAUAUGGAAGGCUUCCGAUGGGGAACCCCUCCCCACGGAGGUUGCGGUGUUGGUCUCGAGCGUAUCUUGUUUCUGCUCUUGAAGCUGGGCAACAUCCGUCUGGCUUCUAUGUUCCACAGAGACCCCAAGUCCUUCCCUCCAAAGCCUGUUGUUGAGAAAUUGCCAUAUCCGGAUGCUGACACUCUCAACCCUGUAUGGAAGCGUGAGCGAGGCAGGGAAACCGCAGUUGAGGAUCGUCCAAUGCCUGCGGUUGAAGAUUUGAUUGCCAAUUACGGCGAUUCCACACACACCUCGUGGGGUGACGAGCGCUUCAAAGUGUGGCGUCAUGCCGACACAGGUGCUGCUAUCUCUUACGUCGUGGAAGGCUCCCACGCUAUUCUUCCCGGGGAUCCCCUCUGCGCGGAAUCUCAAUAUUACCGGGUCAUUGUCUCCUUCUUGCAGUGGCUCAAGAAGGAAACGCACCUCAAACCCAUCUGGAUCCUUAUCAAUACUGCAACCGAAGAAGUUCUGGGCGAGCGCCUGGGAUGGAAAUCUAUUUCUUGUGUUGCUGAGGAGCGCGUUGAUCCCAGCAAACACUCUGCGGAGUCUGAUCCUGAAGUUGCGAAGAAGAUCCGACAAGCACAUACCAACGGUAUCAAGAUUACUGACCUAGAUCACAAAGAGCCUGUUCCCGAAAGCAUCAAGGAACGCGCCAAUGCGCGUGUCAAGGACUGGCUCGGAAACCGCAAGGGGACUCAGAUCCAUCUGUCGAACAUUGACCUGUUCCGGGACGAGAAACAUAGACGCUACUUUAUUGCCGAGGACAAGGAGGGCACAAUAUGCGGCAUUGCUGUGCUGGCACAGAUUGCGCCACAACGAGGCUGGCAAGCCAAGUACUGCCUCGACUUCCCCGGCGCCCCGUCCGGUACCAUUGAGGCGGUCACCACGCACGCCUUGCGAGCAGCCGAGGCUCUGGGUGCUAAGUCUGUCACCUUUGGUGGUGGUGCUGCUCCACAUGUUACGCCAGGUCAUCACAUGUCCGGCACAAAGAUGAAGAUGUUGGGCGCCACCUACGACGCAAUCGUCAAGCAGUUCAACCUGGGACGCAAGUCCGAGUUCAGAGAGAAGAUGGGUGCCAGACCAGACCCCCAGUUCAUCGCUUGGCCACCCCGUGGUCUGGGCCGCAAAGGCAUCAGCGCCGUAAGUCAAGCUCAGAAUACCCGUGGUGCCCUCAAGUACUAA